AUGAGUGAACAUCAAGAAUCUGAUGUCCCUUCUGGGGGCAAUAUUGCACUGAUGUGCUCCUCGGUGCAGAAGGCCCUGUUUGAGGAGGAGGACAGGGUGAAGAAGCUGCAGCAGAAGGUGGCGGCGCUGGAGAAACGCAACAGGCAGCUGCGGGAUCGGGUGAAGAAAGUCAAGAGGUCUCUCCGGCAAGCCAGGAAAAACUCCAGGCACAUGGAGCUGGUGAACAGAAAGCUCAGUGAGAAACUCUCCUCUGCAGGAGGCCAAAUCCCCUAUAUUAACUCUCUGAAGCAGGAGAACUCCCACGGCACCUACCUUAAAGUAUAAUGCAAGGAUAAUGCCCAGGCCGAUGGUAGUGGAGUUUUGUCUGCAUUAAGUCAGGGUCUGACUUUGUCCACGCUGUGCUUCAAACCUUGCAUGGAAAAUGAAUCUGAACUUGCUUUAGUUUGAACAGGAAUGCCAGGUGGAUUUGGCACAGCCCAAAGCCAUGUCCCCAAUGUUCUCAGGGGACACAGGGCCAGACUGUUGUCUGUGCCUCUCCUCCCUCACCCACCUCCAUCUCCACCACCAGUUUAAGGUUUUCUUUGAUGGACGUGCCAGCCCAGCCCUCAGGGCCGCUACAGGCAUUUGACAGAGGAGCUCUUCUUGCCAGUUUACCUCCUCCUCAUGGGCUGGGCAAGCAAGGCUGGGGAUCCAGAGAUAGAUGCAGUGGGAAGGCUGAAGGCAGGAAUGCCCUUCGCUCCCUCUGCACCCCCAGGCUCUCAGCCUUGCUUCAGCUUGACUGAAGUCUUCAUCCAGUGCCUGGGCAUAGGCUAUGUCUGAGAUUCAGGCAGUUUGUGCCUCUCUGCAGCAUGAAAUAUAGAUGCACCCAAAUUGUCUUAAGACUAUUCCUAUAUAUCCUUAAAUAUUCUAAAUCAAAUACAAAACAAUUUUUAUUUUUCCAAGAAGUGCCUCAAGGCUCUCAGUGACUCCCUCAGGUGCCUUUGUCAUGGAUCAGCCAACUGGGUUGGAAACCACGUCAUUUUGGGAUUGUGUUUAACAAUCAAUCCUGCAGUGGAUUAGUCCAGGAGUGGUCUUAGCCUAUGAGUGGGUGUUGGAUCUGGCCCAGCAGGCAAUUUCAGAUCCCAUUCUCAAGCAGGUUUAAGUUGCUGUGUGGACAAAGCUUCAAGUUUUGUAGUCACUGUUUGAGGUAUAAUGGAGGUUGCUGGGCAGCCUCAGUUACACUGAAAACCUGCAGAGACCACAUAAAUAUCAA